GGCUAUGCAUGCAGAUUCACGCAACUCUCACCCCGUUGAUCGUAGAGGACCACAUGCUCGUCGUGGACGUGGGGGGAAUUUCCACGGACAGUCCAGGCCCUCUUCGUCGCAUGGAGUAGUGUGCAGAUUUUGUAAUUUUGCCGGGCAUGAGGUCAAACAUUGUAGGAAGUUACAAAAAUUCCUACGUAACAAUCAGAUUCUUCCAUCAUCUUAUCCUGCCUCACCAACGGUUCAUACUAUGACGGUCAAUCCAAUGACCAGUGGUCAACAGUGGCUAUUUGACAGCGGAGCCUCACAUCAUGUCACGUCGGACAACACCAAUCUUCCGACUUAUUCUACUUAUGGCGGCCCGGAUGAGGUUCAUCUUGGUGAUGGAUCGGGCCACGGGGGCAGUGCUCAUGCGCGGGGAGAACAUUCAUGAUGUCUACUACGUCCAGUCACCACGGUCUCCACAAGUCAAUCUUUCCAGGGUCUCGGUUUCGUCUCAUUGGCAUCAUAUUUUUGGUCAUCCAUCUCGUCGUAUUUUUAAUAUGUUGGUCCAUCAAAAUAAAAAUGUUAUUCCAUGUAACAUUUCGUUGAACGAGUCUCAUUGUUCCUCUUGUCAUAUUAAUAAAAGUACUAAACUUCCUUUUUCUCUAAAUACUAUGCAAGCCAAUUAUCCACUUGAGUUAAUCUACAGUGAUGUAUGGAGUACCUCCACUCUUUCUAUUGAUGAAUAUAGGUAUUACGUUAGUUUCGUGGAUUAUUUCACUCGGUACACUUGGUUGUAUCCAAUAAAAAAUAAAAGUGAUGUGUCCCUUGUAUUUCCUCAAUUUCAUCGCCUGGUUGAAAAUUAUUUUAACCGUAAAAUUAAAUCACUCUUUACCGACAACGGGGGUGAAUACAUUAAAUUACGGUCAUAUUUAAAUCACCAUGGCAUCUCUCACUU